CUCCCUGGCCUAUUCGGCUACUCAGCACCAAGAACAGACGGGUAAGCCACCUUUAUAUAAAGGAACCCACCACCAGCAUCAGCUUUGGUUUCUUCUCCUUGUACAUUCCCAUUGCAACGCAUUCUCGAGCACAGCCUUCUAUCUUUCCCUUCCUCUCCCCCACUCCGUCCUCCACAGCUUUGAGAUGGCUCAGAAGGUGGUACUGAGGGUUCCAACCAUGACUGAUGACAAGAUCAAGCAGAAGGCAAUUGAAGCUGUUGCGGACAUUUACGGUAUUGACUCCAUAGCAGCGGAUCUGAAGGAGAACAAGAUGACCAUCAUAGGAGACAUGGAUGCUGUGGCAAUUGCCAAGAAGUUAAAGAAGAUUGGGAAAAUUGACAUUGUAUCUGUUGGACCUGCAAAAGAAGAAAAGAAGGAAGAAAAGAAGGAAGAAAAGAAGGAAGAAAAGAAAGAGGAGAAAAAAGAGGAAAAGAAAGAAGAGAAGAAAGAGGAGAAGAAAGAAGAGAAGAAAUGAAAAAACUAUAAAGCAUAUAAUAUCAUUGUGUGACCUCUCUUAUCUGCAGUUGCAAUAGCUUUGAGCCUUUGACUUUGCACUGAUGUUUCUAUGUGAAGUUACUAUGCAAUAUUUAUACUACAGAGAGAUUAGUUAAAAAUAAAAGCACAAUUUGUGCA